AUGUAUUACAGGAACUGGAGAAACUCUCGUGGAUGCUCGUCGAUGGGUUUGGAGCGGACGUAUUACUCAACGGUGGCUGGUCGGAGAGGAUUUGAGAUGGCGGACAUUGGAGUAAUCGCUAAGCGAUCUCGGCGGAUAUAUGUGGAUGGUGGCAGUGGCUGGACUGUCCCUUUGGGAGCGCAUGCGUUGCGGCAACCGGCUGAGACGGGGGUCUUCUGGGACCUGGAUGGUUGCCCAAUCCCUGAUGGUCUCAGUCCUCUUUCCAUCUCUGCUAAUAUCAAAUUAGCUCUCGAGAAUAUUGGUUAUACUGGCAACAUGUCCAUCGUUGCUUAUUCUGUUGAGAAGCAGAGCCAAGAACAAGAAGUAGAGUUUGGAUCCGCCCAGAUCAUGCUUAUACAAGAACUAGAACAUCGCUACGAACCAACAAAUGUGAUGGUAAUCUCAGAUAACCUCUCACCAAAAGCUGACUUGGUUUCGGGGCUUGUCAUUUUAAAAGAGAAAGAAAACAAUAUUCUCUUAGCGCAACCUCGAGGGCUGCCGCUGCGUGAUACUGCAACUUCAACAUGGCUUUGGGAAAGUCUAGCAAUUGGAGGGAGCCCUAUCGAUGCCCACAGCAUGAGACCAGAACCAGCUCCAACUUGUUCUGUUUGCAGCAAAAGGGCACUUCGUCUUGCCAAUAAGCGAAAGAAACGUCCGACCAAACCUCGUCUCAAAAGGCGGAAUCCUGAACCUGAGGAAUAG